AUGGUGUCCUCCACUCUCACAGCCGCCGUGGCGCUGCUGUCCGCCCCCCUGGUCAGCUCCCACUACAUCCUGAACAUCCUCAUGCACAACGGCGCGGCCGUCGGCGGCGAGUACGCCUACGUGCGCAAGAACAGCAACACCUACAUGCCCUCGUUCUUCGAGAUCAUCGACACCAACGAGCUCCGCUGCAACAAGGGCGCCGUAGCCGGCUCCACCGCGACCUACCAGGACGUGCAAGCCGGCGACAAGAUCGGGCUCAAGCUAUUCAACAGCGAGUUCAUCGAGCACCCGGGCCCGGGAUUCUUCUACAUGUCCAAGGCGCCCGGCAACGUGAGCGACUACGACGGGUCGGGCGACUGGUUCAAGGUCUGGGAAUCGGGCCCAACCGGCAGCCCGACCACCACCGGCGCCUGGCCGACCUACGGCAAGUACACCAUGGAGUUCACGCUGCCGACCACGCUGGAGGACGGCGAGUACCUGCUGCGCGGCGAGCACAUCGGCAUUCAUGAGAACCAUGUCGGAAAGCCCCAGGUAAACCCUUCCCAACCCCAACCUCAUGUUGAGAACUGCUACUAUGCCCAGACAACUAAUCUUAAUCUCAUGAACAGUUCUGUAAGCCUCUACUCCCACUCCCACUCCCACCUGAUUCCUAUCCCCAUCAUCCCCCAUGCAACAACCCAACUAACCACCCCCUCCCCAACCCCAGACAUGGAAUGCGCCCAGAUCCGCAUCACGGGCGGCACCGGCACAGCCCAGCCCUCGCCGCUCGUCAAGAUCCCAGGCAUAUACUCCAGAACGGACCCGGGCCUGACCUACAACUUCUGGGGUAGCGGUGGCACGUACACGAUGCCCGGGCCGGCCGUGGCCAAGUCCUAG